GGCCCGGCGGCCACGUGGGGCAGCGCCGCGGCGGCUCCCAUUGGCCGGCGCUCGCGGCCGACUCGGCGUUCGGCGCGCGCCCAUUGGUCGGCGCGGCGCCGGCGGAAUCCUCGGAGCGGCGGCGGCGGCGGCUGUUGCUAAGGAAGGGGACGCGCCGGGAAGCGCGGCCCGAGCGGCGGACGGCCCCGAGCGCGGCCAGCCGAGCGGCGCCCCCUCCUCCGGGACCCUCCCCUGCGCCCGCCGCGCCUCGGCCGCCCCCCGCCGCCCUUGAAAGGAGCCGCGAGCGCAGUCCGCACCCUCGGAAGGCGCCCCGACGAGCCGACGCGACCCCGGAGCGCCCCUCGGAUUUCUGAUUCCUGACUUGCCUUCCGCUCCUGGGACUUUCUCGACGGGGACGCGCGCUGCCCCCCGCCCCCAGGGACCCCGAGGACCCCGGUUUGGGGAGCCCCACGCCCUGCCCGGAGGCGCGGCGAGGAUUGGCGGCGCCCCGCGGACCGCAGCCCCCCAGCGCGGGCCGGGGAUGGAGCCGCAGCCCGGCGGCGCCCGGAGCUGCCGGCGCGGGGCCCCCGGCGGCGCCUGCGAGCUGGGCCCGGCGGCCGAAGCGGCGCCCAUGAGCCUGGCCAUCCACAGCACCACGGGCACUCGCUACGAGCUUUCGGUGCCCCCCGACGAGACGGUGGAGGGGCUGCGCAAGCGGCUGUCUCAGCGCCUCAAAGUGCCCAAGGAGCGCCUGGCGCUGCUCCACAAAGACACCCGGCUCAGUUCGGGGAAGCUGCAGGAGUUCGGAGUGGGGGAUGGCAGCAAGCUGACGCUCGUGCCCACCGUGGAGGCGGGCCUCAUGUCUCAGGCGUCCCGGCCAGAACAGUCCGUGAUGCAGGCCCUGGAGAGCUUGACCGAGACGCAGCCCCCAGCAGCGCCCGGGCCGGGCCGGGCUGGCGGAGCCGGCUUCCGGAAAUACCGAUUCAUUUUAUUUAAGCGUUCGUGGCACCGACAGGGACCCCAGAGCCCAGAGAGGGGCAGCGAGAGGCCCCAGGUCAGUGACUUCUUGUCGGGCCGCUCACCGCUCACCCUGGCGCUGCGAGUGGGUGACCACAUGAUGUUCGUCCAGCUGCAACUCGCCGCCCAGCAUGCCCCACUGCAGCAUCGCCAUGUGCUGGCCGCGGCCGCCGCCGCCGCCGCCGCCGCCCGCGGGGACCCCAGCAUGACCACUCCCGUGCCCUCUCCCUGCCGGCCGGUGUCCAGCGCCGCCCGUGUCCCCCCGGUGCCCACCAGCCCUGCCCCCACGUCUCCCUCGCCCAUCACAGCCGGCUCCUUCCGAUCUCACUCGCCCUCCGCUUCCUGCCCCGAGCAGAUGGACUGUUCCCCUCCCGCCAGCGCCAGCCCCACGUCCACCCCCGGGGGCAGCCCCACCUCCCGCUCCCGCAAACCCGGCGCCGUCAUCGAGAGCUUCGUGAACCACGCCCCCGGGGUCUUCUCAGGGACCUUCUCCGGCACGCUGCACCCCAACUGCCAGGACAGCAGCGGGCGGCCGCGGCGGGACAUCGGCACCAUCCUGCAGAUCCUCAACGACCUCCUGAGUGCCACGCGGCACUACCAGGGCAUGCCGCCGUCGCUGACGCAGCUGCGCUGCCAUGCCCAGUGCUCCCCUGCCUCGCCCGCCCCGGACCUCGCCCCCAAAACUACCUCCUGCGAGAAGCUGGCGGCCACGGCCCCGGCCUCCCUGAGCCAGGCCCGUGUGUGCAAGCCCCCGGGAGACCGGCUGCGGCAGACGGAAAACCGCGCCACCCGUUGCAAAGUGGAGCGGCUACAGCUGCUGCUGCAGCAGAAGCGGCUGCGCAGGAAGGCCCGGCGCGACGCCCGCGGCCCCUACCACUGGCCGCCCAGCCGCAAGGCCGGCCGCAGUGACAGCAGCGGUGGCGGCGGGGGUGGCGGCCCCAGCGAGGCCGCCGGUUUGGGCCUCGACUUCGAGGACUCCGUCUGGAAGCCAGAAGUGAACCCCGACAUCAAGUCAGAGUUCGUGGUGGCCUAGGAACCGUGGCCCUAGCCCCGGUGGCCGCACGCGUGGGGGCCCAGCGCAGGAGGGCAGGCGGUGGCGCUGCCGGAGGCCCCUCCCUCCCCGGCUGGCGUCCUUCUGGUUUUGGGUUUUUUUUUGUUUUUUUUUUUAAUUUCACUUCUCACCAUGGUUUUCGAACUCUCUGUGGACUUGCGUUCCUGCCUCCUCGGUUCAGCUCACACGUGCCCCCGCUUCCUCCGUCGCCCCAUCCUCGUCUCCCGUCCUCGGCCUGGCCCGCGCCAGGUCCCUCACCACCCACCUUCCCGAGCUCCAAAUAUGUAGCAGUCUUUCCAGAUGGUUCACGCGGAGACGAGGAGGCCUCCCCCAUCCUUUCCGCUCCACCGCCCUCCCUCAUUCUCUUCAGGUUUGAGUCGAAAAUGUAGAUGCCUCAUUUUGCACUUUACAGCCGAGGGGAGGGGGCGGCGGGAGGAGAGCCCCCUGCACCCCGGCCACCACCGGCCCGGCCGCCUACACGCCACACGCGGGAACCGCAGGUGCACCCGACCAGGGACUGUUUCUCUUCCACAUCUGUCCUUUUUUCUCUUCUUGGUUUCUUUUUCCCACUUUCCUUUUUCCUGGAAAAGAAAAGGAAGAUCCUUUUCUGGGCAGAGGCUGGCCAGAGGCUGCUCGGGGGUUCAGGUCAGGGUGUGGGGCCCUUUCCUGGCAGGAAAGGCAGGGGGAAGGGGACAGACGGGCCGCCAGCCUCCGCCGUCCACGCACUGUGCGAUUUCCUCUGACGCCACCCCUUUUUUCUGAGCUGGGGGUAUUUAUAGACUAUUAAUUUUCUGACUGAGCCAAUUAGUGGUUGGGAAUCUCUUGAAAAUUCGGGAGAGAAUUGGCUGGGGGGCGGGAGAGAUGCCCCCAGCCCUGCUCCCGGCCCAACCUGAGGGAUCUGGGCCUGUGGACUGUCUGGGGGUCCCUCUGGCCGAGGGAGGGGUGGGGGUGCUGAUCUGUGAAUCCCCCCGGCAGGGGCCACGCUGUGUAGCAUUAACCCCCUUGGGGGGGGUCGCUGCUGGUCUAAUCUGGACCCUCCCCCAUUCAUGCCCAUGGCCUCGGGGUCUUUGCUCCCCCGGGGCAAAGGGACAGACCCCCUACUGGGGCCAUUUCAAUGGGGGUGGAGUUUUCCUUUCAUUCACUUUUUUUUUUUUUUACUGAUAAUGGAGAUGUUUGGGCCCUGCCCCCCACCUGUCAGUCUCGUCCUGGCCCCACCCAUCUGUCCUGAUCGACACCCCCAUGCCCUGCCUGUCCCCCCGACCCCUUCCUACUCGUAGGUGAACCCCAGGUCCUCACCCCCCCCAUUAUAUGUUUAAAGUUAAUGGUUUCAGAUGUGAACAUCAUUUGUUAACUGUAGCUCUGUAAAUUUUUUUGUGGGGGGGUGGGCAGGGAGGGGUCAGAGGGUAGGGGUCAAGGAUUUUGUUGUUUUGUUUUUGUUUUCCAAAAAAAAAAAAAAAAAGCAGAAAAAAGAGGCGGGUUUGUUUUUGAAGAACUGUCCUGAAGACCUAUUUAAGUGUGUGUUCUGUUUUUUUAACGAUUUUUAAAUAACGUCUGUGCCUCCGCGGGUCCGAGGGUGGAGGCCCCAGGCAAGGCAGGAACCGCCUGCCCCCCUCCACCCUCGCCAGGGCCCACCCCUCAAGAAAGCAUUACCCACCCUCAGGGGUCGGGCUGUGGGGUGUCCCGGCACCUUGCGGGAGUUUCCUGUAUGAAAACAUAAAAUUGGAAAAGAAAGAAACCUACAGCGACACCAUGAUUUCAAGGAAUAAACAGAAAAUGAAACUGA